AUGACACUCCGACUGAUCAGCGCAACACCUUCGCCAUAUGCUCGCAUCAAUCGCAUUGCGAUGAUCGAGAAGGGCAUUGACUUCGAACUUUCAGGCGAGAUCCCAUGGCACAACGAUACGGAGACACCAAAGUACAAUCCGCUCGAGAAGCUUCCAGUCCUCAUCUUCGACGAUGGUCGCGAACCCAUCUACGACAGCGCCCACAUACAAGACUACAUCAUCCAGAAGUAUGCCUCCCAAGGUCCAAAGCUCAUCACUGGCGAUCUUGAUACAGACCUUCGAUUGAAGCAAGUCCAGGUGCUCAGUGAAGGAGUGAUGGAUGCGGCCGUCCUGGCAUUUUUCGAGAAAGCGAGAGAGAAGGGGUUCAGGGCAUUCGAUGAGCUUGCGAGAGCGAGGAAGGGCGACUAUCUGUUCGGCGAUCAACUGACGAUUGCGGACAUCGCGGUGGUCUGUGCGAUUGGGUUUGUUGACUUUAAUGGUGCGAUCAAGGGAUGGAGGCAGAAGUAUCCAGAGUUGGAGAAGUACUUUGUGAAGGUGGAUGAGAUUGAGUCGUUCAAGAGUACGAGACCGGUCAUGUUUGAUCUCAAGACGGAGAGUGUUCUGUAG